GCGGAGCGCGGCGGUGCCGGCGGGGCCCGCGCCCUCCCGCACGAUGUCAGCGCAGGGCAAGUUCAAGAAGGACAAAGAGAUCAUCGCCGACUACGAGGCGCAGGUCAAAGAGAUCCGAACGCAGCUGGUGGAGCAGUUCAAAUGCCUGGAGCAGCAGUCGGAGUCGCGGCUGCAGCUGCUGCAGGACCUGCAGGAGUUCUUCCGCAGGAAGGCCGAGAUCGAGCUGGAGUACUCGCGCAGCCUGGAGAAGCUGGCCGAGCGCUUCUCCUCCAAGAUCCGCAGCUCCAGGGAGCACCAGUUCAAGAAAGAUCAGCACCUGCUGUCCCCUGUGAACUGCUGGUACCUGGUUCUGACGCAGACGCGUCGGGAGAGCCGAGACCACGCCACGCUGAACGACAUCUUCAUGAACAAUGUCAUCGUCCGGCUGUCCCAGAUCAGCGAGGAUGUCAUCAGGCUCUUCAAAAAGAGCAAGGAGAUUGGCCUCCAGAUGCACGAGGAGCUCCUGAAAGUCACCAAUGAGCUCUACACGGUGAUGAAGACCUACCACAUGUACCAUGCAGAGAGCAUCAGCGCCGAGAGCAAGCUGAAGGAGGCAGAGAAGCAGGAGGAAAAGCAGUUCAACAAGUCAGGGGACAUCAGUGUGAACCUGCUGCGACACGAGGACCGGCCGCAGCGGCGCAGCUCCGUCAAGAAGAUUGAGAAGAUGAAGGAGAAGAGACAAGCCAAGUAUUCUGAGAACAAGCUGAAGUGUACAAAAGCCAGGAACGACUACCUGCUGAACCUGGCAGCCACCAACGCGGCCGUCAGCAAGUACUACAUCCACGACGUGUCUGACCUCAUCGAUUGCUGCGACCUGGGCUUCCACGCCAGCCUCGCUCGCACCUUCAGGACGUACCUGUCGGCAGAGUACAACCUGGAGACGUCGCGGCACGAGGGCCUGGACGUCAUCGAGAACGCCGUGGACAACCUGGACGCGCGCAGCGACAAGCACACCAUCAUGGACAUGUGCAACCAGGUCUUCUGCCCGCCGCUCAAGUUCGAGUUCCAGCCCCACAUGGGGGACGAGGUGUGCCAGGUGAGCGCCCAGCAGCCUGUGCAGACCGAGCUGCUGAUGCGGUACCACCAGCUGCAGUCUCGGCUGGCCACCCUCAAGAUAGAGAAUGAGGAGGUACGGAAAACGCUGGAUGCCACGAUGCAGACCUUGCAGGACAUGCUGACAGUGGAAGAUUUUGAUGUUUCAGAUGCCUUCCAGCACAGCCGCUCCACUGAGUCGGUCAAAUCAGCUGCAUCAGAGACCUACAUGAGCAAAAUCAACAUUGCCAAGAGGAGAGCCAACCAGCAGGAGACUGAAAUGUUCUAUUUCACUAAAUUUAAGGAGUAUCUGAAUGGCAGUAACCUCAUCACGAAGCUCCAGGCUAAGCACGACCUGCUGAAGCAAACUCUGGGAGAAGGUGAAAGAGCUGAGUGUGGAACAACCAGGCCCCCCUGUCUUCCCCCUAAGCCACAGAAAAUGAGGAGACCUAGGCCUCUCUCAGUGUAUAAUCAUAAACUCUUUAACGGCAAUAUGGAAACAUUCAUUAAGGAUUCAGGACAGGCCAUUCCACUUGUUGUAGAAAGCUGCAUCCGCUACAUCAAUCUGUAUGGCCUCCAGCAGCAGGGCAUCUUCAGAGUCCCUGGCUCCCAGGUGGAAGUCAAUGACAUCAAGAACUCGUUUGAGAGAGGUGAAGACCCCCUCGCUGAUGACCAGAACGAACGAGACAUUAACUCAGUGGCUGGAGUCUUGAAGCUGUAUUUCCGAGGACUGGAAAACCCCCUCUUUCCUAAGGAAAGGUUUCAAGAUUUGAUAUCUACUAUAAAAAUUGAGAACCCUGCAGAGAGAGUGCACCAGAUCCAGCAGAUCAUUGUCACUCUGCCUCGGGCUGUCAUCGUGGUCAUGAGAUACCUCUUUGCUUUCCUUAACCACUUGUCACAGUACAGCGAUGAGAACAUGAUGGAUCCCUACAACCUGGCCAUCUGCUUCGGGCCCACGCUGAUGCACAUUCCUGACGGGCAGGAUCCGGUGUCCUGCCAGGCCCAUGUCAAUGAGGUCAUCAAAACCAUCAUCAUUCACCACGAGGGCAUCUUCCCUAGCCACCGAGAGCUGGAGGGGCCUGUCUACGAGAAGUGCAUGACCGGAGGGGAGGAGUACUGCGACAGCCCGCACAGCGAGCCGGGCACCAUCGAUGAGGUGGACCACGACAACGGGACAGAGCCGCACACCAGUGACGAUGAGGUGGAGCAGAUUGAAGCCAUAGCCAAGUUUGACUACAUUGGGCGAUCUCCACGGGAGCUCUCCUUCAAGAAAGGGGCCUCGCUCCUGCUGUACCACCGGGCGUCGGAAGACUGGUGGGAAGGGAGACACAACGGGGUGGACGGGCUCAUUCCCCACCAGUACAUCGUGGUGCAAGACAUGGAUGAUGCCUUCUCUGACAGCCUGAGCCAGAAGGCAGACAGCGAGGCGAGCAGCGGGCCGCUGCUGGACGAUAAAGCCUCCUCCAAGAACGACAUCCAGUCACCCACGGAUCACAUCUUGGACUAUGGCUUUGGGGGAGUCAUGGGCAGGGUGAGGUUGAGGUCCGACGGUGCCGCCAUCCCCCGGCGCCGCAGCGGGGGCGACACCCACAGCCCGCCCCGAGGGAUGGGGCCUGGCAUCGACACCCCUCCCCGAGCAGCAGCCUGCCCCAGCAGCCCCCACAAGAUCCCCCUCAACAGGGGCAGGAUCGAGAGCCCUGAGAAGCGCAGGAUGGCCACGUUCGGCAGCGCGGGCAGCAUCAACUUCCCAGACAGGAAGGCCCUGGCUGAGAGCCACCCGCUGAGAUCCACCUGCGGGUCCACCCGGCACAGCAGCCUUGGAGAUCAGAAAUCCCUGGAAGCAGAAGCUCUUGCUGAGGACAUCGAGAAGACCAUGAGCACGGCGCUGAACGAGCUGCGGGAGCUGGAGAGGCAGAACACGGCCAAGCAGGCGCCCGACGUGGUGCUGGACACGCUGGAGCCCAUGAAGAACCCGCCGCUGGGCGCCGCCAACUCGGAGCCGGCCAGCCCGCUGCACACCAUCCUGAUCCGGGACCCCGAGGCGGCCAUGCGGCGCAGCAGCAGCUCCACCUCCGAGAUGAUGACCACCUUCAAGCCGGCGCUGUCGGCCCGGCUGGCCGGGGCGCAGCUGCGGCCGCCGCCCAUGCGGCCGGUGCGGCCCGUGGUGCAGCACCGCUCCAGCAGCAGCAGCAGCUCGGGCGUGGGCAGCCCCGCCGUCACCCCCACCGAGAAGCUCUUCCCCAGCAGCUCGGCAGAUAAAUCGGGCACCAUGUAGGGCCGGGGCGCGGGACCGCGGCGCCCGGACGCCGGGAGCGGGGCGAGCGGAGCCUCGCUGGGUGGGCAGGGGUCACGGCCCUGCUGGGGAGCCUCUGUGGAAGGAAACGCGUGUGGGGCCUGGGCCUGGUGCUGUACAUACGUGUGUGAGUGUAUGUACGUAGGUGUGCACACACCCCAUCCAUGCAGAAACACUUCCCGAGCUUGCAGUCCUACAGUAGGAGGAGACGUCAGGUCUGAGUGUUGGCGCUGGAGAACACACUCGGUGUGGAAGUAUAUAUUAAAAACAAAGUGUACAGAAUUCAGUGACUUUAAAACAGUAGAUUUACCUCAGAAACUGGCUCUGAAAUAUCCUCCCUUGAGACAGUGGGUUGGUCUGGGUUUCCAAGGCUGUCUGUGUGCACCUGGAAGCCCCCGCUGCAGCAGCUGUGCGUCAAGCAAUACAAGGCCAUCCUGGAGUUUAUUUUCUGUACCUCUUGGCAUUGAAGGCAAAAAAAAAGGGAUGGGAAUGCGGUAGGGUCUGUUCACUGCUGGGCUGUGGAGAAGAGCUGGAAAUCCAUACAUGACCAUGUGUGACCAGCCAGCUGGAGUCUUUCCAGUCCUGAAUCCUGAGAUGUCUUCAUAUGCCCGUGAUGCCCUGGCAGCAGGGACAAGCAGGAUGUGUGCCAUGGAUGGGAAUGGAGUGAAGUGAGUGUCAUGAGUGGACAGAGUGAGGUGUGUGCCAUCACCCUCAUGCAGGAGGAGGAUGCUGUGCUGCGCUGGGACUGUGGAACGCUGCUUCUCUGCAAGUUCUCAGAGUGAGCAAGGACUAGUGACCAAACCUGUGGUAAAGCAUGGAGUAACUUACAGAGUUUGGAGAUUCUUCACCUCCCUUUCCCCAUGUGCUUUUUCCUUUUUUUUUUUUUUUUAAUAACAAAGCCCAACUUAGUGGUCUCUUGAGAGUCAGGCCUGAGCAGCGAGGAGGGGUCUCAGGUCAGAGUGGUUGUCCUGCAUGAGAAGCAUGAGCCGUGUUUCACCACAUCAGAUACAAAACUGGUCUGAUGGGUGAUACUUUGCACUUUCUGUACUGUACCAUAUAAUACAACAGUUUGAGUUUAUGCAAAAGCAUCUACAUUUUGUUUUACCCAGAGAAAAAAUAUGCAGAAGGCUGGGGAUUGCAUGGUCCUGUGUGAUAAUCCAGACUCCUCUGUAAGCACUGAAUCAGAGAUGCUCCGUGCUUCUCCUGCAGCUUUUCCUUGUACAGAUUUCCAUGCGAUGCCCCAUGGUUUGAUUUGGCACUUCCCCACAGUCACGUGCUCAUGUCUCCUAACAUUCAUCCUUCCUCCCUGCUAUCUCUGAUCCUGCUGCUCUGUGCCUGGGCAAAGAGCCUGCCAGCCCUGCUGACUCACCCAGCAGCCACUUACCCUGCCUGGGGCUUUGCUUUGUCCCCCCUUCAUCUUCCUCAUCUCUCCAGCACUGCUGCGGACCCCAGCUCUGCAGGAGAAGCAGCCUGGCUUCCAGAAGGCAGUGGAGGCUCUGACCAGGGUGGCAGAACCCGUCAGUCCUGCCGUGGCUCGUGUCUCCUCGGCUGGGGAGCUCCCACGAGGAGACUGCCUGUACAUCCACACCUGUACCUCUGUACCUGUGCUGUCACAGCUGCACCCCCUCUCUGCCCCUCCACAGCUGCACCCCUGUGCACCGGGCACAGGCCCUGGGACCGGCUGGUGCCUGUCCCCUGCCCCUCGCACGUGUCCCCUCACGCCCCGCUCUGCCAGCCCUGUAAAUAUUGCUGUACUUGCUUAACUGCUCGAAGGUAACUGUUAACCUGUAAACUGUACAAAAAUAGGCUAAAGUUAGAUAAAGCCAAUGCCACUCAACAAAUCUUUGCACUUAGUAGGUAGCUCAAUGUAAAAAUAAACCCAGUAAUAAUACUAGUAAUCCCGAAGGGAAGCGAAGCCGCCGGCACCCCUGGCAGAGCCCGUGGGGAGCAGCUCUGCCCAUGUCCCUCCCUGUCACGCUGGCAGGGCAGACGGUGUGUGUGCGUGUCUGUGAACGUCCUUGGUGUUUGGUUCACAUUGGUGUUUAUUUCUCCAUCAUGCCCCUUUCCUGCACAGCCCUGGCACUGCCCGGCCUGGCACAGCGGCUGCAGAUGUUCAGCCAGGCUGGGCUGGUCAGGGACCUGUGCUGGGGAGGGAGGGACCCAUUUGGCACGAGUGCUGUGUAUCCAUUGCCAGCAAUUAUUACUUUUGUUUCCAUUUAGUUCCUGGAGAACAUUCACUUUGCCAGUUUUCUGUUUUUUGUAUGCUUUCUGAGAUGACUUGAGAGCAAACCCAUCUUCAUUAGGGGUUUUAUUUCCUCCCUUACUUUUGACCAUACGGUACAAAUUCCAGUGUCUUUCUAUUAAAUUAUUGCCUUUCA